AUGCAAACACAACCUUUCGCUUCUUCCUCCUCAUCAUCCCUAUCCUCUUCACAUCCUUCUUUAGCUUCAGCAAAUGGUAAACCAGAUCGACUAUACGUUGGGAAUCUCUCACCAACAGUAGAUGAAUAUAGUAUCAUCCAGAUAUUUUCAAAGUAUGGCAAGAUAACUAAACUGGAUUUCAUGUUUCAUAAAUCAGGUGUGUUGAAAGGUAAACCUAGAGGAUUCGCUUUUAUACAAUUCACAAAUAAAGAUGAUGCUUUGAAAGCGAUGGUCAAGUUACACGAUCGAUUACUUCGAGGUAGAAAACUAGUUGUCACAUAUGCCAGUUCCGCACCUCCUGAAAACCUAUCAUUACCUACAAAAGGUCGUCGACCCAAUGAUCCUGCUAAAACGACUACUUUAUCUUUAUUGAAAAGUUCUAGAAAGCCCCAGAGCGCAUCAGCUCAAAUCGCAGCAAUGGAAGCUAAAUUAGCACAUAUGAAAAAGAUCAAACCUUUAGACGAAGAUUAUAUACCUGGACAAGGAUCUUCAUCUUCCCGAAACGGUACCCCCGGUUUAGGGGAAGAUUCGUUAGAAGGUUCCCCAUAUCCUGAAGAGAGCAUGUUGGAUGAUAUCGAAUUAGGUGAUGAAGAAGCUCAAAAAGCCGUGGAAGAUUUACAAAGGGAAAUAGAUGAAUUGGUUGGAGACGAUCAAAAAUCAGUGCAGCAGAACGACAGAGAAAUGACUUCUACUUCCAUGACCGCAGAGUCAAACGCGAGUGAUUUGAUAAAACAAGACUUAACUUCCAUAGAUAUAUUACAAUCUAAGUCAAUUGGACUACCGCCAAAACCAAUGGACACGUCAUCGGUAAUCCCCCCAAAAGCGUCGAGUACUGAAGAAAGGUCAAAAAAGAGACAGGAAGCUUUCAAUAAAGGUUUAGCUGGAUUACCCAAGAAGCCGAUUUGA